UGGGGCCUGUUCACGUUUAGCCGAGACGGCCUCCACUGCCUGGCCGGUGUGCCAUGCGAGUUGUGACAUGGACCCUGAGUGCCUUAAGCACUUUUGAAAGCUAUAGGUCAUAGAGUAAUUUUGGUCGGUACACGCAGAAGCAGCAUGCGCCGGCAUGCAUGGCUUGGGGCCUGUUCGCGUUUAGCCGAGACGGCCGCCACCGCCUGGCCGGCGUGCUGCGCGCGCUGCUCAUCGCGCAGCUCGUGGUCUCGCUCGCCAUGCUGAUCCUCUGCUACAACGCUUCGCACAAGGUCAUGAUGCUGCUUAAGGAUAUUCAUAAGGUAGCAGUGGUUCUCCUCCACGGCCUCAUCAUCUUCCAAGCGUACGCGAUGAAGCUGCACUACACGAGCGGGCUGCGCCUUGUGUCCUGGCUGCUGAAAUUCUCACACUGGUCGCGCUCGACGAAGGCCUGCCGCGUUUGGCUCACUACUGGCACCUUCAUCGCGAUCAACGGACUGGUGGUGUACAGCGCACUUAAUGGGACACUGAAGGCUUUAACCAAAGAACUCUCGACGUCGCUGCGAGGCGGUAUAGCGCAGUAUCUCAUGGAGCCUACUUGGAAGCGUCUUCUAGAUACUAUUCAGGUGGAGCUAAGCUGCUGCGGCGCGGACGCACCUAACGACUGGCACGAGAUCCCGUGGAUCAACAUAAACUUCUUCAAUGAACAAUCCGACACUAUUAUGAUGCUGGCCGGUGCUGACGGCAAGGUGGUGCUGCCAGUGUCUCCAUACUCCUGCUGUACCCCUCGAGUUCUUGCUGCUUGCUACCACGACCCUUUGCAGCAGUCGGAAUGGCGCGAAGUUUGGGAAGAAGGUUCUCCGCUGCUCUCGGCCUCGCUGCACACGCGCGGCUGCGUGGAGGCAGUGCGCACACCGCUCACUAAGGCGCUCCUCAUCCUGCACACUCUACACGUGUUGAUAGUGUUGUUCCAAAUAUUCAUCUUGAUACUGACCCGGUUGCUGGCCACGAGCGCGGAGGACGCGGUGCUGCACGGGGACUGUGACGGCGUGGGGCAGGGCUACCUCGUCUGGAGGGCGGCCAAGGACCGAAUACGACGAGAUCUCAGAGAGCGGCCGACGUCGUCGGUGUCUCUGGUGGGUAAGUGCAGCACGUGCGCGUUGCUGCUGGACCGGCAGCGCUGUGUGCUGUGCGUGCGCAGCCCGCGCGCCCACUGCGCGUGCUUGCACUGCCCUUGAACACGCCUCGCGCCGUACGGGAUCAACUCAAGUAAAUACAGUCGUCGAACAGCUUUGGGCGCGUGACGAUGGACUCGCUGUAUUGAAGUCUUAUUAUCUGCGAGUGAGAUGUUAUCGAAAGUCGAUUGUAAGCGAUUGUUCGCCACAAAGUGGAACCUGAAUAAAUUCAACCGAAGAUAAAAUCUACCUACCGCUGUUUGAGAUGGUAUCUCAGUGAGUUCAUGCUUAAGAGAUUCGAGUAUAUCUAAUCGAGUCGCUUAGCUUCAAACUCAGAUGAAUCUGUCAGGUUUUGCUUGUACAUAUUUCCUAACGGAGUUAAAAUACCUAAGGGAAGUUGUAAUGGAUUUAUUCGAGUUUGAAGUUAAGCUACUCAGUAAGCUAGCGGAUAAGUAACAGGAAUUAACGUCAAAUUUUUGUUCGUAAGUAAAUAUUUGUACAUAAGGUUUGUAAAUAAAAUAUUCGUCGUAAUCAAUCGCAAAGGCUUUAUUUGACUUUAUUGUACACAGUCCUUACAAACUAAAGUGAUUUAAGUAACAACGCUCGAAGCGGUUCCGUCGCCUUUGAUACAUAUACAUUUAUAAAUAAUUACAGGGACGCCCGCCCGCCGAUGUCUUUCUUUAAUUUUAAAUAA